AUGUUCACAUGGCGUACCACCACCGUGGUGUAUGAAGACUCGCCAUAUGGAGCUCGCAUCCUUGCAGCCCUGUUUUCCGUCCUUCAGGGUUACAACAUACGUGUCAUGGAUAGUAUAGCUCUGCCUGUCGGUGUGACUGAGGACUACCUCGACAAAGUACUCUACAAUCUCAAGGAGACGCCCACACGAGUGUUCAUUGUGCAUAUGGCCCCAGAUCUUGCUGCUCGCGUCUUCUACCAGGCGACUGUCGCUGGUAUGAUGUCUGAUGGCUAUAUCUGGAUAGCCACUUCCAGCAUUGGCAGUACAGUGGAGAGCUUGAGUAUUGACAAGGUUGAUCAUAUGCAGGGGGUCGUCACCUUCCGACCUUAUGUGCAGGCAACUGGCCAUAUCAUGAACUUCACUGCAAGGUUGAAGUCAAGAUUUCUGUUAGAGAAUCCAGGCAUUCACAAUGUGCACAACCCGAGCACGCAACUGCUCUGGGCUUACGACACUGCAUGGGCUCUUGCCAAAGCAGUCCAUAUAGCCAGAAUGUCCAGCUCAACACCUGGGAGAAUGCUUCUCGGCGCAGUCCUCAACACCACAUUUGAUGGGUUGUCUGGGAGGUUCAGGCUGGUAAAUGGACAGCUGGAGCUAUCAACACAUGAGGUUAUUAACAUCGUCGGUAAAGGUGCAAGAACAGUCGGUUUCUGGACGCCCGAGUCUGGUAUCUUGAAGAGUUUGGAAACGAAUAGUGUGAAAGGGCUGAAACAAGUACUCUGGCCAGGUCAUCUAGCAAUUGCUCCAAAAGGGUGGGACGUGUCAUCGAACAGGCGGCCUCUUCGUAUUGUUGUGCCUGAAAAACAGGGGUUUAACCAGUUUGUCGAGGUCACCUACAGCCCAACAACAAAUAGUUCUACUAUCAGAGGCUACUGUAUUGACAUUUUCGACAUGGUCAUGAAGAAUUUGCCCUAUCCAGUGGCCUACCAAUAUGUGCCAGUUAGUGAUAGCUCGCGAAACUAUGACAAUCUUCUCAGCCUGGUGCAUGAAAAGAAAGCUGAUGGCAUGGUUGGUGAUACGACCAUCACGAUGAGGAGGAUGAAUGUGGUGUCCUUCACAAAGCCCUUCACUGAUACGGGAUUGUCAAUGGUAGUGGUAGUGAAGAAAGAAACGGACGGGGGCAUGUGGAUCUUCCUGCAGCCACUGACAACUACCCUCUGGAUCACCAGUCUUGCCUUUUUCUGCUUUACCGGUUUUGUUGUGUGGGUGGUUGAGCACCGAAUCAACCCCAAAUUCCGAGGCACACCUUGCCAACAGUUUGGCACCGUCUUCUACUUUGCAUUCUCGACUCUUGUCUUCUCCCACAAGGAGAAGCUGGAGAGCAACCUGUCAAGAUUCAUGGUUAUCAUAUGGCUCUUUCUUGUCCUUAUUCUUACAUCAAGCUACACGGCAAACUUAACAUCAGUGCUGACAGUCCAACGGCUUCAGCCGACAGUGACUAGCGUGCAAGAUCUCCUAAGAAAUGGUGAUUACGUGGGGUAUCACAAUGGCUCCAUUGUGCCAUACUGGCUUGAGAAAAUGGGCUUCCGCAAGGAAAUUUUACUGGGCUAUAGCACAGUGGAGGAGUAUGCCGACGCCCUGCGCAGGGGAUCCGGCAAUGGAGGGGUGUCUGCAAUAUUUGACGAGAUCCCCUACCUAAAGGCUUUCCUUUCAAAGUACUGUGAAGGUUACACCAUGAUUGGCCCGACCUACAGGUUGGGAGGCUUCGCGUUUGCUUUCCCGAUAGGGUCGCCAAUUGUGCAUGACGUAUCGCAGGCCAUCUUAUCUCCUGCAGUACAAGAGGAGAUGGAACGGAUAGAGAAGAAAUGGUUCGGUGAUCCAGGAGCUUGUCAGAGCAAGAGCAAUAGCAUCGGCUCGUCCAGCCUUGGCUUCAGCAGCUUUGGUGGGUUGUUCCUCAUCAGUGGCACCGUGUCAGGCCUUGUGCUCCUCAUCCAACUCGCAAUCUUCGUCUACCAGGAGCACGGCAAGCUCUGGGACACAUCACUGCAUAAAUGGUUUCAAUGCCUCGAUUUCGUUCUUGGCGCCAAGGAUUGGAGGUUGCCAAUCUUCAACGGGCCACGCAUCAGGAAUGACGACAGUGUGAAUCAGCCUCAUGGAGCUACAGGGGCUAGUGCCAUGCAUGACUUCACUUCUGAGUUGUGA